AUGAUGAAGAUGCGCCGUGUGAUGUGUGUGUUGGCCGUUGUGCUGUGCUGCGCCUGCGGGUAUACCAUGGCGGCUGCUGCUACUGCUGUUAAUGCUUUGCAGCAAAAUGUGGUAAGGGAAAGGGGAAAUCCUGAUGAAUGGAGUGAUUUGUUUAUAACGGCAACCGUUAAUCAUACGUGUACGACGAAUCCUGAAGAUACAGUUAAUGGAUUAAGUUGUAAGGAAAGGGGUUAUCCUAAGAAGGCUGAACCUUUACCAACACCACAGGGGAACGGUGAACCAGGAGCCAAUCUCAGUCCGGCAUCACCUACAAAAGGACAUGAAGGAGAUUUAUCUGUGGAACGAGAAGGACUCCGAAGUACAGGAACGGAAAGUAUUUCAUCAGAAGAUUCUGUCGGUUCUACUGAAGCUAAAGGACAGGAUCCUGGAACAGCACCCGAUGCAGCUACACACGGUACUGAAGAUGCACCGAGCAUCACAUCUGAUAACACCACUGCAGGGGAUUCUAAUUCUACCGAGCAAUCUUCUGCAGCUGCUGGUACGGCUGGCACAGAAAGUUCACAGGAGAAUGUCAAUGCUGAUUCAACGGCCACUACCACUAAUACUACCAGAGAAGCACCAACCAGCACACUAUCUCCUGUUCCUGUACCCAACCCACAGAUCAGCACCAUCACUUCCACCGUACAGAACAAGGCUAAUGUUGACAGCAGUGUCAGUCCUGUGUGGAUGCGCACUGCAGCACCGCUACUGAUUGUGGCUGUGUUGUUCUCCGCUACCGUGUACUGA